AUGGCCACCUCCGAGCACUCUGAGCUCAAUGCCAAGCACAAUGGCAUUGGCAACGGCAACGGCAACUACGACCCCGAGUCCAACCGCAUGGAGGCCCUCAAGCAGUUCCGCUCCGCCGCCAGCGUGUCCAUGAGCCCGGAGCUCUUCGAGAAGCUCUACCUCUCGCCCAUGAACGAGGUCAAGGGAGAUCUGCGAAAGACUUUUGGUAACCCGACUCCCAUUGCCCUCGUUGGUUUCCUCCUCGCCUUCACUCCUCUGUCCUGCGACCUCAUGGGAUGGCGCGGUGCGGGUGGUAGCGGUGCUGCUUCCAACGGCGCCUACGUCUUCAUGGGCGGUCUUCUCAUGCUUGUUGGUGGUCUCCUCGAAUGGGUUCUCGGAAACAGCUUCCCCGCCGUCGUCUUCUGCAGCUUCGGCGGCUUUUGGUUCUCCUACGGCGCCACUCUCAUCCCUUCCUUUGCCGCCUACGCUUCAUACGCUCCCGCAGGUGCCGAGUCUGCCGCUGAGGGCUUGUCCACGACGGGCUUCAACGCUAGCUUUGGUUUCUGGCUCCUCUUCAUGGGUGUUCUAACCACCAUCUUCUUCGUCUGCUCGCUCCGAACCAACGUCGCCUUUGUCGUCAUCUUCUUCAGCUUGCAGAUCUGCUUCUACUUGUUGACCGCUGGUUUCUGGGCUCUCGCUCGGGACAACGUUGGCAACGCCAACCUGGCCAACAAGCUCAUCAUUGGUGGAGGUGCUUGUGGAUUUGUUUGCUGCCUUUCUGGCUGGUACAUCCUGAUUGCCAUCAUGCUUGCCGUCGUCGAUUUCCCCGUCCAGAUCCCCGUUGGUGACCUCUCGAGCGUUAUCAAGGGCAAGAGCGACAAGGCUCGCCGAGAUUAA